ACUGACUCUAUUUAUAACAUGAAUCUGCUCACUGUGUGUUGCAGGGGUCCAGAGGACGUGAUGUCCAACAGAGGCAAUGACCUGCUGCUCAAACUGCUGCAGUUCAGGUAUCCAAAAAUAAUGACAGAAGAAGGAGUUCGAGUUGUAAGACAAUGGCUGGGGUCCUCCAAUCCCAUAGAAGAAGCGUCGGUGUACAGCGGCUACGAGGUGGACGAUGACUGGUGUGUGUCUGUGCUGCAGUCCUAUCAGGCUGAAGGAGAUGUUUUGUUUCCAUGGAGUGUUGGUGAGGAUAUGGCAAUGGAGGGAAGGAGGCAGCUUGCUCUUUUCUUGGCGCGGAAGUACAUGAGAAACUUUGAAACAACACACUGCACUCCUCUGCCCGCCUCCGAGUUUCACUCACCCUGGAGACUGUAGAGAGAGAGAGAGGAUUCAGAUGGCCUGUGGUCAGCAGUGUGUUCCUGGCAUGGUGUGAAUGUAAUCUGUCGCAGAUCUCUUCCAACAGUGUGUCAUGUAUAAUGUUGCUGUGAUGGCA